AUGGAAGACGAAGAACGACACGUACAGUCAAUGCCACACCAACAUCUAGACAGAGAUCCGUCGCGCUUGACAACGUUCCCAAUGCCCGGAUUCUUGGCCUCUACAUUCCAGGCAUCGAAUGAUGAUGCGGAGAAUGGGGACGAUGCUCAAACUGUUGCUGCGUCUCCAGUCAAGAUACGUCCUCCUCCUAUGUCAACUGGCAAUCAGUAUUGGAUGCCGGACCACCUCUGCAAGGUAUGCUAUGACUGCUCUGCAGCAUUCUCUCUCUUCCGACGUCGUCACCAUUGCCGACUGUGCGGGCAAAUCUUUUGUCACGAGUGCAGCAACCACUUUAUUGAUGGUACACCUCACAGGUUUCCAGGUAUCGUUCGAGUGUGUAAGUUCUGCUUCCAAUUUGCAGACGCAGCUGGUGGGAAGAAGAAGAUAGAUGAAAACGAACAAAGACUUUACUCGAGCGAAAUUGGCUCUGCAAAGCCGUCGCCUCUUAUACUUGGCCCAUCGGCUGAUCCGAUCGAGGAACCGAUGUUGUCAUUGUCACCUAUCGACUCAAACAUAAGUGAUGUUACAGACUUGGAUCAACUGACGGACGUAGCAUGCCUUACAACCGAGCCUAUCGAUUUAUGUGAGGAAUCUGAUAACGUCGAUACUCGCCGGAAUUUCCGCCCACAAGUACGAACUAGAAUACGACAUUCUAGCGCAGAAUUGCUGGGUGCAAUCGAAAAUGGUAGACUGGACACAGAAGUGUUGGCUUUUCACAAUUGGGUAAAGAAUGUUUCGGCUGACAACGAGGUCUCAACUGUUUCGAAAAAGACGGCGAGGGAAAUCAAUACCCGUAACGGUAAUAACCUUUACACACAGCGAGACAUCGCGUUAGAUAAACAUAUGCAAAGGGCUCACAAGCAAAUUCGUGACGGCAUUCAGCAUUUUGCAUCAUCCGUCGCGAAUAGUUUGCCAGAGUCUGAAUUCAUUGGUCUGGAUUAUUUGGUGAAAACCUUGGAAGACAUUGCAUUUGUUGUGACGGGACAUUUGCUUUUCAGUAUGAAUUUUCGCACUAUUAGUGGUUUCAACUACGCACAUCUCGUGAAAGUGAAAAGCAUUGCAGUCGGAGCGACUGUGCAGACAAACAAGAAGGAGCCGAGCUACAGUUUCAAAUGGCUCGCUGGCACUGUGUGUCGCAAGCACUUAAGCCACAAGCAAAUGGCGCGCCAAGUCGAAAACCCUCGUAUCUUGCUGUUUGCUUGUGGAAUAAGUACCGAUCGCUCGAAUGGCAUUGGGCGAAUGAGCUCAUUAGACUCGUUGAUGGAGCAAGAAAAAAAUUACAUGGCCAUUUUGGUAGAAAAGAUAUCGGCAUUAGAGCCCGAUGUGAUUUUUGUGGAAAAAACUGUGUCAAGGCAUGCUCAAGAGCUGUUAUGUGAACGCUGGGUAUCGAUCGUGCUUAAUGUCAAGAGUGAAUUAUUACACCGAAUUGCUCGCCAUACUGGAGCUGAGGUCUUAACAUCCGUAGAUCAUGUGGAUAAAGCGGAUCCUGCACAAGCACCUGCAGGUGUGUUCCUGAAAGCACCUGCGAUUCCAAGCCGUUUGCGAACGGACACUUACCUGUACUUAGACGGAUGUGAUCCGCUAAACGGUUGCACAGUGUUAAUUACUGGGCCAUCAAAGCAGACAUUACGUCUACUAAAGCAGCUGACCCGAGCCGUGCUAUCGAUGACAUAUCAAUUGCUUUUAGAGGCUCACGUUCUAUCCGAUCUUAACUUGAACAAUGAUAUGUCAUUCAGCAAAAAUGCAGCGCUUACUGAUGAGCAACGUACUACCUGGUGUACAACAUCCACUUUACGUGUUCGUGAUCCUGGAUCUCUGAACCCUCAUUACCAUCAAUGUGCCGAAGCCAAGCGUCUUCGCAUUACUGCCUGCUCGGAUGACGAUGUAUCGUUUGGCAACUUUCUUAACCAAGAAUUGGCAGCCCUCUCCCUAAAAUGCAAACGUAAUUGUAGUGUCAAAUGCAACUAUUUAAUGGCAGAUCACGUCCAUUCGUUUAGUUGCCGGAUGGGAACGAUAACAAUUUCAUUCGAAGAACUGCCGGACCAAAACAAACAGCCGUUAUCGUUGUCAGUAAGUAAUGUGAGCGACGUUGGGGGCACGGAUAAAUCGUUCUGCUCGAUGAGCGAGCUCUCACUAACAAUGCGUUUCGAAAGAAACACCAACAUGCGUGCGAUAAUGACGCCAGAAUCCGUUCUUCAUACAUCCGGGAAUGAUGACGAAACUGUGAUAUCGGUGGAGAACGGAUAUCCUACAGUGAUAUUUUGGCGAUGGUGUCGUGGAUGUAAUGGUGUGAUUACACCUUUUAUGCCGUUGGAAAAGUACAUUUACAAGUACUCGUUUGCCAGAUUCUUGGAAGUCCUCUUUUCGGAAGCAGAACGAUCUGUGCUACCGAAUUCAUCAAGCACAACGUGUACGCACGUCUCGAUGGAGUCACACGUGCUUUUCUUGAAUAUUGGUAAGUCCGUGGCACGCUUUGAUUUCUCAAAGCAGGUCUCGCUUCGUCUUAGCCAUUCAGAGUUGAAGCGCAGCAAUGACCAUCGUCAGUUAUGUAUCAAAAUGGAGCAGGCGGUUUUGAAGAAGGAAGUUACGGCUCGUCUUGAAAUCUUAAAAGGGCUCCUGAGGUCACUUAUUAGUACUUUUACGGAGAAAGUCCAGGGAAUCAAUCAGGCAGUGGAAGCUUUUGAACGUACGGAUAAGGGUUACCACGCUCGUAUCAUCCUUGAAGUCAUGUGCAUUUCUAAAAUGGUAAAAAGCGGUGACGCCAUUUUUUCCCACCAAAUGGCGCGAAUUGGUGAGAAACCAGUGGACAGUUUGGAACUUUGUGAUAUUACUCAUGCGCUGGGAAUAUGUGAUGUUACUCAGCGUGCUUUGUACUUACUAGCAUGCAAAUGGGUUGCCUGCAUGCUGCGCCUUCGCAAGUUGAUUAAGAAACAUCUUUCGACGGAUACGGCUCCACCAUCUCCAAAUAGUGGGUCUUUUACUCUUCGAGGCAUUAAGUUUCAUCCUGCUAUUUCUUUGUCGCCCAUUACAUCUUCACGGGUCGUAGAAGAAUCAGCCCUGGCGCCAAGCAUCAUUGCGACAGAGUCCGACUGGAGUAAAGAUACUGAGCAACUGCCUCGACACCGAAGUAAUGGAGCUUUGAGUUCUGAGUCCGAAUCGAGCACGGAAAAGGUGCUGGCAUCUUCAACAACUAUUGCUAGCAUUGAAUUAUUCAAGAGACCAUCAUUACCAUUCCCUGUCGUUGUCAACAGUAAUGGAGAUGGAAAAGAGGGCCCGCGGAAUGGAUGGAAGGAAGCUUUGUGGGACCUUUACCGCAUUCUCGGACGAAGUGAACCAGGAAAUGACUUCACGAUUGACCUUCCUGAAGCACUGACUGCUGGCCACCCGAGUCUUCAUCAUCGUUCAAAAUCUCGAGUGGUCCUGGUUGACGAGGCAAAACCAAUUACAAGCGUUGCUUACGCCUUAUCGACAGAUUCGUAUGAAGAAGAGAUGGACGGAUGGAAACUACGUGUUCAUAACGAAGCAGUCGAGUCAGUUGGUUUGCAAAAGCAAAAACGGGACGAUGCAAGCGCGAUGUCCACAAACUGGUCUCGUGCCGCUCUCGAAUCAUCAUUGAACGUGCCGUUUAAAUUUGUGACAGUGGAAAUGCCGCUGCACUUAUCACUCCUUUCAGGCAAAUCAGCGUCAAUGUUGUCCAACACGUGCUGGGAGCUAUCAACCGUUGCGUACUUCCCGCUCCAGUUUGAGGUCUUGCGCGAACUAUUCUAUGGUAGUCUUCAGAGAUACGUGUUUUCAAUAUCUCAUGUGGCAAGCUGGGACGCAAAUGGUGGUAAAUCGGGUGCCUCGUUUUACCGAACGUUAGAUGACCGCUUUGUUGUUAAACACAUUUCAUCGACUGAAAUGCAGAGCUUCCUGGGCUGUCUUCCUGGGUACUUCAAAUAUAUGGCAAGCAUUUACUUUGACGGCCGGGCAAGCAUAUUGUCAAAGACCGUUGGGCUCUACCAGACAACCACAACCCGAAAAGAUACUGGGCAGAAGAUGGUACACUACAUCUGCGUCAUGGAAAACGUGUUCUACCAAAAGCAGCUUACACGAACCUAUGAUCUCAAAGGAAAUUUUCGGAACCGAUUUAUUGGACCACAAUCGACCUCAGAAGUUCUUCAAAAUGGCAACCGUGUUCUUCUUGAUGGUAACUUCUUAGAGUUCACCAAAGGUCAUCCUUUGGGCAUACUCGCAGAGGAUCAUCGUUUGAUACUAAAAGCGGUGAAGAAUGAUACUGCAUUUCUCUGCUCUAUCAACAUCGUGGACUACUCGAUGGUUGUGGGGCUAAGCUAUCCACAUGACGAUACUGGAGACCAGAUGGAGAGCCCGUCGGAAAUGACUGUUGGUAUCGUUGACUACCUACGUCAAUUUGAUUUAAUAAAGCGUGUGGAGAGUGUUGGCAAGUCUGUCGGUAUGAUUGCUGGACAAUCUUCUCCCACAAUCAUUGAACCAGGUCUUUAUGGAAAACGAUUUCAAGACGCCAUACGCCGGUACUUUAUGCCCGUAACUCCAAUCUCGUCCGGCACCAAUGACGAUAUCGAAGACUAA